GGUGUCCGCGCGGUCAGUGGCAGCUUAAGGAGAGUGGCUGACGCCAUGAUAGAACAGCAGAAGCGAAAGGGCCCAGAGUUGCCGCUGGUCCCAGUCAAGCGGCCGCGGCAUGAAUUGCUAUUGGGAGCGGCGGGGUCGGGCCCCGGAGCCGGGCAGCAGCAGGCGGCGCCGGGAGCUUUGCUGCAAGCGGGGCCUCCAAGAUGUUCCUCCCUUCAAGCCCCAAUCAUGCUUCUCUCAGGACAUGAAGGGGAAGUGUAUUGCUGCAAGUUUCACCCCAAUGGAUCCACCUUAGCAUCUGCAGGAUUUGACCGACUGAUAUUGUUGUGGAAUGUCUAUGGUGACUGCGAUAACUAUGCUACAUUGAAGGGACACAGUGGAGCAGUGAUGGAACUGCAUUAUAACACAGACGGCAGUAUGCUCUUCUCAGCAUCCACAGAUAAAACUGUGGCGGUGUGGGAUAGUGAAACAGGCGAGAGGGUUAAAAGACUGAAGGGGCACACUUCCUUUGUGAAUUCCUGUUAUCCGGCCAGGAGGGGUCCCCAGCUUGUCUGCACUGGCAGUGACGACGGUACAGUUAAGCUUUGGGACAUCCGUAAGAAAGCAGCGAUCCAGACAUUUCAGAACACCUACCAAGUGUUAGCUGUGACCUUCAAUGACACAAGUGAUCAGAUUAUUUCUGGUGGAAUAGACAACGAUAUCAAGGUCUGGGACCUGCGCCAAAAUAAGCUGACCUACACGAUGAGAGGCCAUGCAGAUUCAGUGACUGGCCUGAGUUUAAGCUCUGAAGGCUCUUAUCUCUUGUCCAAUGCAAUGGACAAUACAGUGCGGGUCUGGGAUGUCCGGCCGUUUGCUCCCAAAGAAAGGUGUGUGAAGAUAUUUCAAGGAAAUGUGCACAACUUUGAAAAGAAUCUUCUGAGAUGUUCUUGGUCACCUGAUGGAAGCAAGAUAGCAGCUGGCUCAGCUGACAGGUUUCUAAAGAAGACCUCGAAAAACAGGCCCACAGCCUAAGAUGUCUUACAUUCUGACAGAGUAAGAACCAUUCUAAGUAUUUUUACAUGAUUUUCAGCAGAGAUGUAUCUUUCCUAUGUAAUUAAGCUUUUAAAUGAUAUCUGCCUAGCUUUUCUUCUGAGCAGUUUGUUUCUGACAUUGGUCCUUUCUAACUUUCCAUGUCCUCUCUUCCCUCUUUCCCUCCCCACUGUUCCUUUAAGCCUUACAUGUGGAAGCAUGGCUCUGGUCUAGGAAGAGCCUGUAUGUCUACCUGCUGAGGGUUGGCCACAUUUCACAGGCCACCUCACCAAUUAGCCCCAAGUCAACAAGCAGCUCUGUUACAUGAGGAGCCUGGUUCCUGCCAAAUGUUGCCAUGCCAGAGUAAAGAGAGGAUAAGGAACCCCUCUAAAUUUAGCAUCUAAUUGGCAGCCAUGGAGAGUGAGGGCUCAAAGUAAACCCUUGGAGAUCUGGGGUUCUGCUGGCUUUUAUGUGCCUGGAAAAUGUAUUGUUCCUUCUCAGAAAACUGCUUUUCAGCUUGGCCUGAAUUUGGCAAAUUUCCCCUCCCUACUUGCAAUUCACCUACCUCCUCAUGUUCAGAUUUGAAACCCUUCAACAGUUCCUAUCAAGGACUACAAGAAGACUGGUCAGUCUCUCUGCUGUGAGUGAUUUAUUCAUAUUCAGCCUGUUGAUUUCAUGUGAUUCUGUUUUGAUCAUUUAUUUAUUCAUCAUAACAAUAGCUAUCAUUAAUUCUGUGUGCCAGGCACUUUGCAUACAUUAUUUCAUUAUUUCUCUCAACAGAGCUGUGAGAUCAACAUUGUCUCCAUCAUUACUCCAUCAUUUGACUAAGGAAAGAGAAGCUCAGAGAAGUUAAAUGAAUGUCUAAGGUUAUUUAACUAUUAAAUAGUUGCACUGAGACUUGAACCCAGAACUUAUACACUUUUUCAAUAGGCCACAUAGCCUUAGAUGGAUUAAUGAGGACAGUUAUUAUGCAUGGCAAGAAAGAAGACACUGAGGAAAAUAUGAGCAUUAGAGCCAAGGAGUCUGUAGACAGAUGGGGUUCCUUCUCUUCCACCUCGCGUGGAACUUUUAUUUAGUUCCUAUGGAGCCUAGCCCUUGUGAGCUAAACAGUGUAAUUAAGAAGCUCUUGUUUAUUUGCAUUUUAGACCAAAAGUGUAAUGUUGUUCAGAACUAGGUAUUUUAUAAUCAAGUGCUGAUGAGUGUACCCUUUUAGGUCUUGAUUGAACAAAAACAAAUAUGUAAAUAAUCGGUAUAACCUGUUUGAAAACCACCAGCCUUUUAAAUUUACCAACAGAUUGUCUUUGCAUGGUCAUAUGAAAAUAAUAUCUAUUUAUUUUACUUUCAGCUUAAAAUGACCCAAGCAAGGCUGAGGGUCAAAGGAACUUCUUUUGGCAGGGGUCGGGGGGGAGUGGAGGAUGGCAAGGGACACAAGAUAUUUGAGGGUGGUAAGAGAAAGAAGAAUACUGGAAUAUAUUAAGCGUUCUAAUUUUAAUUCUGCCACUGAGCCACUGAUGAACUGUGUAACCUUGGAAAAGUCACUGUACCUUAGUUUUCUUUUCUGUAAAAUGAGUUUAGACUAGCUGGUUUCUGUUGGCCCCUUCCCAUGCUAGAAUUCAGUAUUCUUUCUGUCCAUGAAUUCAAUGCAAGAUUUGGAUCAAGUGUAUGUUUGGGUUUUGUUUAUAUAGCAGAAAUGUCCUGUCCGUCUCUGGGCUCUGUGAUUUGAAUACAGUACUAAGAAGUUCAGGUGGAUCUACAGCCUAGUCUCCCAACCUGCCAUGAGUUGGGUUACCUUUAAGACAUUCCUAGGUGCAUAUGAAGUUAACUACACCCUAAUUAUAUUGGGUGCUCUUUAAAGAAGAUUUCUGUGUAGGAUCUGUAGGAAAAACCGUUUUUCUUUCUUCUCCAUGAUCUUUCCUAUUUCAGAAGCUUGUGUUUGAAAAUACCAGUAAUGCUGAUAUUUUUAGCUAUUCCUAUUUCUCCACUCAGUUGCUCAAGAGCAGGAUCCAUGCCUUAUUUAAAAUCUAUAUUCCUAGUUUCUAAACGUCAGAGCACAGUUCAAUAAAUACAGAUUGAAUAAAUAAAGGGUUGCUUCCAUUUCCCUUAAAAAGCCAUGCCUUUCCCCUACCCUCAGUUCUGGGAGGCCUUAGCCUUGCUCUUCAUGAUACC